UUGAAAUAUCGCGAUACGUCCGUGGAAAUAUCUCACCCCUGCAUUAUAGCGGAGGAAACCCCAACUGCUCUUCCUUUCUCAACAUGGCACCGAAGGUGAAGAAGGAAGCGGUCCCUGCCAAGACUGAGGCCAAGUCUAAGGCCCUGAAGGCCAAAAAGGCCGUGCUGAAGGGCGUCCACAGCCAGAGGAAGAAGAAGAUGAGGACAUCUCCCACCUUCCGCCGCCCCAAGACCCUGCGUCUCCGCAGGCAGCGGGCUGGUCCGGCGCUGGCGGGGGGAGACCUAGUCGCGCUGGACCACUAUGCCAUCAUCAAGUUCCCCCUGACGACGGAGUCUGCCAUGAAGAAGAUCGAGGACAACAACACACUGGUGUUCAUCGUUGACGUCAAGGCCAACAAGCACCAGAUCAAACACGCCGUCAAGAAGCUGUACGACAUCGAUGUCGCCAAAGUCAACACACUCAUCAGGCCUGAUGGUGAGAAGAAGGCGUACGUUCGUCUGGCUCCAGAUUACGAUGCGUUGGAUGUUGCCAACAAGAUUGGCAUCAUCUAAACUGCUGCUGGAGGUGUACAAAGGAAUAAAUGUUUGUAAAAACUUAAA